AUCACUUGGGACAACCAGUCCUUUUUCAUCAAUGGAGAGCGGCAAAUGUUGUUGUCGGGCGAAUUCCAUCCUUGGCGGCUCCCCGUUCCGUCGUUGUGGCUGGACAUAUUCCAGAAGAUCAAAGCCCUCGGUUUUUCAGCAACAUCAUUCUACGUCCAUUGGGCACUAUUGGAAGGCGAGCCAGGCGUAUAUCGCGCAGAUGGAGCUUUUGACCUGGCACCAUUUUUUGAAGCUGCAGCGGAGGCAGGUAUCUACCUUCUCGCGCGCCCGGGGCCAUAUAUACAGGCCGAAUCUUUUGGCGGUGGCUUUCCCGGCUGGAUCGAAAGGAUGACCGGUUCACUGCGGACGAACGACUCCGGCUUUCUGGAUUCAUUUCACACUUACUACAGCAAUACAACCUCAGUCAUCUCUAAGUUCCAAAUCUCCAAUGGUGGUCCCGUGAUUCUGCUGCAACCUGAAAACGAAUAUUCGGUCAGCCAGAGCGACUUCGAACCAACAUACAUGCAGUAUAUUAUGGACGAGGCCCGAUCGAACGGUAUUGUGGUCCCUUUUAUCAGCAAUGACGCUGGCCCUUAUGGGAAUGACGCCCCAGGCUCGGGUGUCGGUGCGGUGGAUGUUUACGGGCACGAUUAUUACCCGCUAGGAUUCUCCUGCUCUAAUCCGGACAACUGGACCGCGUUUACUUUCCCCGAUAAUUUCUAUCAGCUUCAUGAGUCCCAGAGUCCAACCACCCCGUAUUCCCUGGUUGAGUUUCAAGGCGGUUCGAUGGAUGGCUGGGGCGGUUCUGGUUUUGAUGGUUGUGCUCAAAUGGUUGGCACUGAGGCUGAACGGCUGUGGUAUAAGAACAACGUUGCGGCUGGUGCUUCAUUCUUCAGCAUUUAUAUGAUCUACGGGGGGACGAACUGGGGAAAUGUAGGGUACCCUAACGGGUAUACAUCAUACGACUAUGGAGCGGCCAUAACCGAGGCGCGCACCGUCGACCGUGACAAGUACAGUGAAUUGAAAUUACUCGGAAACUUCCUAAAAGUCUCUCCAACCUACCUGGAUGUGCAACCAUCGAAUAACACCAUCUCUGUGGCCAACACAACAGACAUCUCAGUCUCGCCUCUCACUGGCCGGACCAGUAAUUCGUCUUUUUGGGUCAUUCGCCAUUCUGAUUAUACGUCUACAGACAACACCUCGUAUACCAUCACAUUCCCAACAAGUAAUGGUACCGUUAAUCUUCCCCAGUUGGGAGGCGCCUUGUCUCUCCUCGGUCGUGACUCCAAGAUAUUGGUCACAGAUUAUCCGCUCGGUAAUAUUAACCUUCUCUACUCUACUGCCGAACUAUUUACGUGGAAGGAAUUCAGUGAGUAUACUGUCGUAGUCCUAUACGGGGAUAUAGGCGAACAUGAAGAACUGGCAAUUGGGUUGUCGAACCCCAAUAUCACAGUGUUGGAAGGGGAUUCAAGUACAAUACGUUACCAGUAUGCAGGUAACCAGACAAUUCUUUCCUGGGAUAUAACUGGUUCACGCCUCCUUGUAAAGGCAGGUAACAUCUAUUUCUUUCUCCUCGAUCGCUCCUCGGCGUAUAAUUUCUGGGUACCGCAGUUAGUAACAUCAGAAACCACCCACAACUACACAUCCGAUACUACGGUUGCAAGUUCUAUUGUUCUUAGUGCGGGAUAUAUGGUUCGCACAGCCCGUCUUCAGGGUGACGAACUUCAUAUUGCUGCUGAUUUUAACGCGACAACAACAGUCGAGAUUUUCGGCGCCCCUGCGAGCGCCAAUAGUCUUUACAUUAACGGCCAGAAACAGCAGUUUACUAAGGAUUCUCAAGGGUUCUGGACAACUACAGUGAUAUUUGAAAUGCCAAAUUUUAUCCUUCCGGAUCUGACGCAGUUACAUUGGUUCUCCAUCGAUAGCCUGCCAGAAUUACAAAGCUCCUACAAUGAUAGUGGCUGGACAGACGCAAUCCUAUCCUCUACCUCGAACGUGGACUAUGGGCUGAGCACACCCAAGUCUUUAUUCAGCUCUGACUAUGGAUAUCAUGUUGGGUUUCUGUUGUACCGUGGCUAUUUCACCGCUAAUGGUCAAGAAACGCAGCUCAAUCUCACCACUCAAGGGGGCAGCGUGUUUGAGACCGCAGUCUGGAUCAACGACACCUUUGUUGGUUCGUACCAGCAAAACAGCCCCUAUUUACUGUCCCUUCCAACUCUCCAAUCUGGUUCUACAUAUGUCAUCACCAUUGUUAUUGAGACUUUGGGCAUAGAAGAAGGGUCUCGAGCGCCCCGUGGCGUCAUUGAUUACAGCCUGGAUGGCGGCCAUAGUCAAUCGGACAUUAGCUGGAAGUUAACUGGCAAUCUAGGCGGCGAACAAUAUAUCGAUUUAGCUCGUGGUCCAUUAAAUGAGGGCGGCCUUUACGCUGAACGCCAAGGACUUCAUCUUCCUUCGCCUCCUGUGAAUGAUAGUACUUACAGUUGGGGCAACUCCACCCCAUUUAAUGGAAUAGAAUCCGCCGGAAUUGGCUUCUGGACCGCUCAGCUACCGCUUGAUUUGCCUAGUGGCUAUGACAUUCCCCUCUCCUUCCAGUUUGAUGAAGGCAGCAUCUCAGGGGGCGAAUAUCGCGCUCAGUUGUAUGUGAAUGGCUUCCAGUUUGGAAAGUAUGCACCCUCGGUUGGACCGCAGACCACAUUUCCCGUACCGCAAGGAAUUUUGAAUUAUAAUGGCGACAACUGGCUAGCCAUCUCUAUUUUCGCAUAUAACUCUAGCGGAGGCUGCCUGAACACUCUGAAAUUAGUUAAUAACACUGUUGCAAUCAGCCCGAUAGUAGUUGAACUGGCCGACCAGCCGGUGUAUACCAAGCGAGCUAAUGCCUAUUAGGCAUGAAGAACACACUUACUACAUGACAAUAUCCUUAGUUGAGUGUAUAUACAGGUGGCGAC